CGCCCAAGAAAAAAAUUAGAGUGAACGGCCGAAGCAAACGCCAACCGGUUGAGCCCGAACAACAUUAAUUGAAUUUACCAGUUACCAGGAAUACACUUUGUUCCUCGAUUGGUUGAUUCUGCUCACCAUGGCUUCCGACUUUAAACUGCACCGGCCUUAUGUCCUGGCGACGCUGCCUCGACCUCUCGAUCACACAGAUGGCAACAUUGUCGUCCGAGAAGUGUAUGGCCAGCGUGCCGACAUUAAGAAGAAGAAGAGAACCGAAUUGGCUGUAGGAAUUGAUGGAGAGAACGCCAGUAUCUACGAUGUUCCGACUUCCAGACUCAUUACUUCGUAUCCCAUCCCGCCUCACGAGUCCUUUACAUGCGCUCCUUACUCGAUACGCAUCCGACCAGCUUCCUCUGCUGAAAUCUUCCGAUACACCUACAUUGCUACCAAGGAUAACCGCGCCCAGAAGCUGACGCUGUUCAAAGAUGUCGUCAGCGAGGACGGCAAGACUACAUCGACCACGCUUUCGCAAAACAUCAUUUCGUCACCGAUCAAGUACAUUACAACGUCUGACAGCAGAGCUGAGAAUGCAGUUGUUGGUGAUGUGAUUGUACUGUGCGAAAACGGCCAAAUCUUUUCGCUGUCAGGCGACAAGCUCGAAGUCCAGUGGUCGUCCUCGUCGCAAACAGUAGUGCAAGAUGCCAUUCCCGAUGCCAUUAAAGACUUUGCUGUCGAAUACACCAUCUCGGCAAAUCUGUCCGAAUUCGCUGAAGGAAUGUUCAAGAAGCGAUCCGAAACGUUUGCUACAAUGCCCAAGUCUCCCGAGUCCGACCCCGAAGUUAUUGCUUUCAUCGCAACCAGCACAGCCAAGGAGCACAAGUCUCGACACUUGGUCACCAUGGCUAUCCUAUCUAACCACACCACAAAGAACUCGGAGCUCCAGCGUUUUGUCGCUCUGGACAUUACGCCCAUUGCCGUCGCCAAUGAAUUCGCACCCAUUAGCUACGAUGUCGACAUCCAGGCCGGUUCGCUGAUGACGCUGCAGAACUCGAACCUGAGCAUCUUUGAUCUCACAGGCGCUGUCCCCAAGAUCAAGACUAGCUUCAGCGUCGACAACUCUACCUCGAUUGCACGUCUCUCACGUCCCUUUGUCCUCGCUUCCUCCCUCGACUCCCUUAGUCUCUACAACUACCAGUACCGCUCGGUCCACGCCAAGGCCGCUCUCGACGUAUCUGAGCUGCCCAGCGAAAACCGUAAACCCCGAUCCUGCAAGCUUGUCGGCUUUGUCCGUAGCGAGGACCUCGCCGUUGCGCUAGUGGAUAAUGUCCUAGUCUCAAUCCACGUGGAACCGCCCAAAGCCCACGGCAAGCGACGCAAGGAGGGUCUUCUCAUUGACUCUAUCGGCCGCGGCACUAUUGCCGAAAUCUCGGCUAAGCGUCCUAAGCGCGAGACCUCGGUUGAAUUCUCUCGACAAGUCCCCGGAACCAUGACUGAAACCUACAUUCAGGAGCUUCGCGCAGAGAUGGCCGCUGCCGAUGAGUUGAUUGGCAAUGGCGAGCUUCCUCAGUGGGAGGAGCUGUUGCGCAAACACUUCCACAUGACUCUUCAUCAGUCUUCAGAGGCUGUUAACAGACAAACAAACGGGAAUGAAUCUUCUGAUUCCCAAGAAGCAGUAGAGUGGAAGUGGUAUGAGAACUCUGCGCAGUAUCCGUCCGUUGACCGCCGCUGGGUCAUCUACGCGCUGACCCAAAUUUUUGCCAUCCAACUGACGGAUAGUGAAGAGCCCCGCCCUCAGCUCAGACUCGCCCUGUCCGAAACCAACGUCACAACCUACCUGACUAUGGCUGGCCACCUCACUCUCACAAACCUCAAGUCCGCCUUUGCCGAAGAAUGGGGCAAUACUGACGACAAGCUGCUGGCCGGUGAUCUUGUACAAAGUCUCGUCGACGCCGAGGCCUCCAUGAGUCUGCUCCUCAACUACAUCAAGUCUACAAAACUCGGCGAAGUCGAACUCCUUCUGUCCAUCCGCGCCCUGAUGCUCAGCAUGGACUUCAUCCCCGACACCGACAAGCUCAACAGCACCAAGCUGCUAAUGGCUGAAGCCGACCAAACCGACAAGUACGAAAUGGACCUUGACGACCUUGAGCGUGAGCUCGCCGUCACCGAGCACUACCUCGGCGACGACACGAGCAGCCGCUCUCGCGGCCUCACGCUAGCCUUUGCCAAACUCUGGCGCAUGCCCGCCAGCGCAACCGUCCGCGCCCUGCGCAGCACCGUCCGCACCGAAGAAAUCCUCACCUUCAUCUACCUCCUGCGCAUGGAGCUUGUCCGCGGCGCAUGGACGACUCUCUACAUCGACCCAACCAGCUUCGACGCCGAGGGCAGCGACCCCCCUCCCGACGGCGUCAUCAGCUUGAUUGCCGACCUCCUCGGCCGCUGCCUGGACGCCGUCGGCGCCGGCGGCUGGCUGUUCAACGACGCCAUGGCGUGGGCUGACCAAGACGAGGCCGGCGACUUCCUGACCGCGCUCCGCCUCGAAGUCACUGCUGCCCUGGAGGGCAUCGAGCAGGCCGUGCAUCUCAACAGCGUUGUUGGCGAGAUUGUGCGCUUCGGUAACCUGGUGCAGCAGAACAGCCGCCAGACCCCCAAGGCAGGCUCUAAGCCUCUUAUUCUGCACGCUGAGAAUAAGGAGACGCGUAUGCUGCCGCUUGGUCUGAAGACAAAGGAGGUCAUUACCAAGGACAAGGUUGUGUCUGGUGGUGAAGUGGUGCAGCGCAGCCUCCGUGAGACGGGUCACUUGAUUAGCCAAAAGGUCGAGUCGUACUCUCUUGAGCGGGUGAACAUUUAAAAAAAAAAAAGGAACGGACAAAGGUUUUAUGUAGAGCAUUAGCAUUUGUUUUAUAUCAUGGUGAAGUGUGAUGCUGCAGCACCAACAGGGAAAAUCGAUAGGCGUUUUUGGGACAACUUGUAUGUAGAUGCUUUCGAAUGUACACAAUUUUUUAUUCAAGAAGACGAGUGAUAUUUAAAUUCUAAACUGAGUGUGUAUCCUGAAAAUAACAAAUCGAUAUAAAAAUAACAAAGACAUUAUGCUUGGCUCGUGAGGCUAACGAUCUUUACCAAAAGCGCCCUAUAUGCAGACAUAUAAGAGAUGAAAACACCAACUAUGACAUAUUUCUUUUGUUUUUUCCUUUUUAGACCCCAUGCUGCGAGAGAAAAUUGAAGUAACAUCGACAUUACUGUCGAAGCUGGUAGAGCUGAGGAGAUGUAUUGUCCAGAGAGUCAAAGACAAACAUGUUGUGGUGACCAGUCGGGACUUGCUGAGCGGUCUGGACAACGCUACCUCCCGGCGUCAGCGACCUGGGGAUAGAAGCAGAGGACGCUGAGGAGAUGGACAUCUCACUGCCUCGACGCGGACUAUACGCCUCGGUGGUCAAAUAGCCCUGCUGCUGUUGAUGCUGCGGGCUCAUGCCGUGGAGAUAGGUCUGGGGAGGCGAGCCACUAGUAAUGAAUCCUUGAGGCGGGCUGGUGCUGCUGCUGUUGCCGGCAAGAAACGCCUGUUGGGGAGUCAUCUGGUGCGUCUGCGUCAGCUGAGAGACUCCCGGCGCCAAGUGGCUAACAGGACAUACAAAGGGCGAGAUGCGCUCGUGGAUCUCGUUGCGAACGCGCGCAGAGAGCUCGACCUGCUCGGCUUCCCAGCGGACGCCGACAAUGGCCGGGGCGUCCAGCACCCAUUGGCGAAUAUCUGUAGACAGAGCGCGGAAGCCAGGAGCGCUUGGGCUGUCAAACUUGCACAUGUGGCUGUGGGUAGCCUCCACGCCGUAGUAGGUCACCCCAGGGAGUUGGGGGCUGGCCGAGUUGGCGUCGACAAUGAUGA